AUUAAUUUAGCAAUAACAAUCGAAAGAUUUCAAUGAUGAAUCUAAUGAAUAUUAUAAUAUUAAUUCAUACAUUUCGAACUCGUGCACUUUUGCAUACUUUUUGUAUGAGACGAGUUUUUUAAUUCAUCGAUUGAUUAAUCACAUUAUGCGCAAAUGCAUCUUUUACAGAACAAAGUUGCAUUUGCGCGUAAUACGAUUGAUCAAUGAAUUAAAAACUCGCCCAUGGUGCUUAUAGCCACAGUGCACGAUCAGUUCGUUAUAUUACGUGACAGAUUUCCUAACCUCAAUAAUCGUUAACUUCUCGGAACAGAGCCAGGCAGAGCGACACUUUUUUCUGCUCUAAGUUCGUUUCGUGCGAAAACAUCGAAUGUAGAUUAUUUAUAUUUUACAUGUAAUAUAAAUAAAAACAGCUUACUUUCGACAAUUUUUACGAGCAUUUUAAUAAUUUAAUCAUCUCUUUCCUAUGAACGGUUCUUCUCCGUUGCAAUACAUGAUUACUAGCUAUUGAAAGUAAUAAAGAGGUUAUAAUAUAUGCUAAAGAAUGGCUAAUGAAGCUGUGUGCAAAAGGCCUAAAAUAGACGAUGACGAGGAGGAACUUCUGCGCCAACAGGAGGAAUUCCUGAGGACGAUGCAACAGUCAUCUGUAAAAGUAAUAAAAAAUUUGAAGGAUUCCAGUGGUGCUCCGAGUGCCAGCAAGGCAAGAUCGCAAUUUUCGAGUCUAAGGCAGUCUGGGGCGAAGCGAGACGUAGUGUCCACCUCGCAAGGUAGCGGAGAGAUGAUUAAUCUGGCCAUCAAGGAUAAAAUUCAGGAAGCGAAGGAGAAGCGGAAAGAUAUGGUGCAAAAUAUACCCAUAGUCUCGUCGAACAUAAUGCUUGGCAAUAUUAUGGAAAGGAAAUUCGAUAUUGACAAGUAUGAGUUUAAAGACAACCGCAUUCCCGCAGCAACCGAGACGGGAUUUCCUAAGGUUUUUGGAUCCGACGACAGCUUGCUUAUGGAAAAGAAGAUGGACAGUAAGCAGAGCUUAUUCUGGCAAAAAGUUUCAAAUCAGAGAUCUGUGAGAAACGAUUCAAAAGUUCAAAGGAACGAAUCUUCUCAUUGCAACAAGGAAGAAGCAGUUGUGACAGAGGAUCAACUGACCGUUGAAAUUCACAAGGAAAAUUUGGAAAAGCUGGCAAAAAUGAGCGAAGCGGAGAUAUUAGAGGAGAAAAGAAAGCUUGAAGAGACUCUUGAUCCUAAGAUAAUACAAUUUUUAAGAAACAAAAAGAAUAAAUUUGGGAAGAGACCAAUCGAACAGGAUUGUAAUCAAUGUGGCGCUUCAACUGCGAGUGAAACUGCAAUAAACAAGGAAGCAUCCAGUGACAAGAAGAUAAAGCUUUCAUUAAACGAGAAUGAUUCGAGAAUGGACUGUGAGAAUAAUACAGCAAGCACCGCAAAAGAGACAGCAAUGGAAGUAUCUAAUGAUAGAAAGACAAAGUUUUCUUCGGAUGAUGUCAAUACAAAAAUGGAUUGUGAGAAUGAUACUUUAAGCUUACCGGAAUCAUCCAAAGAAUUAUUUGAAGAAAGCAAACAGAAGGGAUGGCUACACAUGAACACUCCCGAACCAGAAAAGUUGAAGUGGAUGAAAGACUUGCCAGAAAAGAAAAAAAAAGAUGAGCCCGCGUUGAACGAAGAGUACAAUGCGAGAUUUGAUUUUAAUGGUGUUUUAUUACCAUACAAAGAUGAGAAUUUAACCAUUGACAAAGGCCUCCAUCAUCACGGAGAGGAACCCGAACGUCCUGGAUACUCCCUUCAGGAGUUAUUGCAGCUGAGCAGGUCUUCCGCUCAGCAGCAACGGUGUACAGCCCUUACCACCUUGGCGAAUGUCAUGGAAAAGACGCGCAAGGGUUGGUACGAUAAAGCUUUGCAUCCAGCACCGCUGGUUGCCCUCAGUCAAAAGAACAUCCUGCUGCUGCUGAGGUUCUCGCUGGACGACUCAUCGGUGGCUGUGGUCACAGCAGCUUUGCAAGCUCUCAGAGCUUUUCUGGUCAGCGAGGCGGACGAGAUAUGCCUGGAUAGAAUGUAUGGAUUCGAUGGAUAUGUAGAACCCACUCUGAUACCACAACUCGAAGACAAAGAUACGAGCAGCCUGAAGGAUCACGAGUUGGCACAGUUGGAUACUGUAGCUGCAUUAUUGAGAUCGGAUUUUUUAUUGAGAAUUAGGUACAUUUUAAAUGAGAUGCAUCCACCACCUGUUGGAGUAACGUGUGCCUUAGAGAUACUCAUCCGUCUCGCGAGACACUCGCAUAUAACGGCGUUGAACAUCUCGUCGACGCCGCAUUUGUUAAACACCAUUGUUGAAAAUUUUAUACCACUGUCUAUAGACCAGCUAGCGAUGCAAGACGCGAUAAAUAACGUUUACGGAAUUCCCGUAGUUAAGGCGAUUAAAUUAUGUCGCGUUCUCGUUACGUACGGCAAGAGACCCGUUGCACAGAAACUGAAUAACUUCAACAUUAUUCAAGCCAUCCUAACAUAUAUUACCAACGAGACAGGCAAAAAAGAUGACAUAAAUCUCAGUAUCGAGAGCCUGCGACUCUGGCGAAUAUUAUUGCAUUACAAAAUAGGACUGGACAGUGUCACGGGUGCCCAGUUAACUCUUCUAUCGCAAUUACAGCUGUUAUUAAGUAAUCAUGAUAUCCAAAGCACGUCCGAAUUAGCAUGCGAGCACGCUGCAGCGUUGAUUGCUGUAUCGAGUUAUGAAAAAACAUUGAAACCAAAUAUCUCUACGUUACUGGCAAAAUGGAGUACACAAUUUUCGUCGGUAUCUAAUGCAACGUGGGGUGUCAUGAAAUUGAUUGCGGAGAGUUUAUCCGCUGUUGACGAGAUAUCCGCAUUGAGAACAAAAUGGUUAUCCAAUCAAAAUGUUUUCUCAAUUCUUCGUUCUAGUUCGAAUUUAUUGAGUGACUAUAACGCGGCUGCGGAUCGGGAACCAUCCUGUCUUCCAAACUUAGAUAUUCUCACAGAAAACGGAGAGUUGCAGCCGAUCGUAUCAGUGCAUUCGUGCAUACCGUUCUUGGCGGCAGUAUUGAAUACGUUUUACAAUAACUCUUGCGUAGCAGAGAUUCGCGCGAUAUUCGAACACCCUUCCUUCCGCAAAUAUAUACAGGACUUGGAAACGACUGAAUGGAGUUUGGAAAGAUCGUGGUACAGCAGAACGGAGUUAUAUCUAUUGACAGCGGUAGUAAAAGCAGGAAACCUUGUUAGAGACACAAUUAACAAUCAGACGGCGCAAACUGUGUGGAAGAUCACCAUCAAACUCAUCUCAGCAUUGCCCGCGGAUGCCACGGAUCACGUGAGAAAGCUCCUUCAAAUCGCGUUGUCGAACGAAAAGGUGAAUUUGGAGAUAAUUACCAACGAACUGGCCAAAUUAGAUCUGACGUCAACGAUAGAUCAGGUCAAGCUAAGCUUACGUUCCAACGCGGCGUCACUAUACGAAAAAUACAUCACACCGAAUGGCGAUUGGAAUCAAGCGGCGAUGCCGAAGGACUGGCUCUUUUUACCGCUGGUUCACAUAUACACAAAGUGCAAAAAUGAUAUCAAAUUGCAAUCGGAGGACAAGGAUAGCAUCCUCACGGUACUGAGUCUGGCGUUAAUCCUACCCGAUCUCAUGGAGAAGUUGUCGCCCACUUUGAGAUUUAGCAGAUUGAUACUGGUGUAUCUCUGUGACACCGUCUACCUAGACGGCGAUGUGUCCAUGCUGCUGCUGAACGUUUUAUCGAGUCUGCUGAGGAGGUACCACGCGCGGUUGAACUUUCGGACGGAACUGCCGGGGCUGAGCUCUUUUACUGAUCUGUUCACGGCGCUGUGCGAACACUUCUGCUCGAGCUCGUACGGCGACGACGGUUUCGCCAUAAUGUUAUUAGUGCCGGUGGCGCAACGGCAUGACUCGCACUACCGCAAACUGUUAUGGUCGGAACACGCUGGCGCGUUGCGAUACCUGAAACUGUCGCCGGAGAAGCUGAUGCUACCGCUGAAGGAGUAUCUCUAUCCGGAGGAAGAAGACACGUCGCUCAUAGAGAGUUACAUUACAGCGCUGGUCCGCGGAGUGGUCAGAGAAACGUGGUGUCCGGUACCCUUCACAAUCGCAGUACACCACUCGGCGAUGUAUCUGAAACGCUCGAACAAGCUGGCGGUGCGAAUGCGUGCGCAAGUGGAGAAGUUACGGGACAAAGAUAUCGCAAAUGCAUUAUUGAACUAUGUACCACCGCGAUUAUGAAUGUAAAAUAACAGAAUAGACGUGAAAUGUGAUUUUUUGUAUUUAUUGUAUGUAAAUAAUGUAUAUCUCUUUUUAUAGAUUUUAUACCAGAGUGAUAUCUUUCAUUAUACAUAUUGUUACGACCGGGAAGGUCGGUUCGUUCUCUCGCACUUCCACACUUCAACCGCAUUCAGUAAUGAAUUUAAGAAUAAGAGAUCGCAGAACAUUCCGAAACGUUUGCGAUUUCUGAAGCUUGAUUCAUUGUAAAUCCUUUCUCAUCUGUAAUAGGAUGAACUCGUAGUCUUCUAUGAUCGCGCAGUGCUAGUAUAACAAACCCACACGUACAUACGCAUGAAUACUUAAAU